AUGGACAGCCAUCUCAUCCAACUUGGCUUUAGCAAAAGUCAGAGUAAAGCUACCUUGUAUGUGAAAAACAUAAAUGGUGAGUCCUUAGUCGUUUCAAUUUAUGUUGAUGACAUGCUUGUGACAGGCAGCAAAAUUGAACUAAUUCAAAAGUUCAAGUAUGAAAUGGAGAAAGUCUUUGAAAUGACUGAUCUUGGAGUCAUGAAGUACUUUCUUGGGAUGGAAGUGAUGCAGCCUAAUGAUGGUUUUUUUAUAUGUCAGCAGAAAUACAUGUCUGAUAUUUUACACAGGUUCAAAAUGCAAGAUUGUAAACCUGUGAGCACUCCAAUCUCCACUGGUUUGAAGCUUGGCAAGGAUGAGAAUGCUGAAAAAGUGGAUGAAAGCAUCUAUAGAAGUUUAAUUGGCUGCCUUCUGUAUCUUACAGCAAGCAAACCUAACAUUCUAUUUGCUGUAAGUUUGCUCUCUAGAUUCAUGUAUUCAACUAAAGAAACUCAUCUUACAGCUGCUAAAAGGGUGUUAAGGUAUAUCAAAGGAACCAACACACUUGGGAUUUUCUUUCCAGCAUCUGCAGGAAAGACCUUGAAGCUGGUUGGUUACUCUGACAGUGAUUGGGGUGGCUGCGUUGAAGACUCAAAAAGCACUUCUGGAUAUGUAUUUUCCUUAGGCUCAAGUUUUUUCAGCUGGAGUUCAACGAAAUAA